UACAAAGCUGGCUUAGACAUAUUCGCAGGAACGUGCACAUCAGAGGCCGUUCGUGCACGCUGCGGACGUAGCGCGUCGCAGUGGGCUCAGGCGGUAGAGCAGUUGGGAGCAAGGCUGCAGGGUGCGCGCGGAUCGUCGCCAGAAAAGGGGUGUGCCUCCAGCACCCGUACCACAGGCCCGCCGUUGUUUGCAAGGUUGCAAGAGGUCGUUGCGGAGCUGAAUAUGAGCUGGUUUUUACAUCGCCGCAUCAAAGAUCUUUCUGGCGGACAGAAGAAGCUUCUAUCUGUGGCGCAAGCCCUUAUUACGGAACCGGGUAUCAUUCUUUUGGACGAGCCGACGUCGGGUUUGGACGCGAUGACUGCCGAAACACUGAUGCUGGCACUGUCUAACGUGGUUUCGAAGACCAAAUGUUGCAUGGUGGUCGUUAUUCAUCAGCCGAGUGGGCUAGUGUAUUCGUUGUUUGACGAUCUCGUGUUGUUGUGCAGGGGAAAAGUGAUCUACUCGGGUCCUCGAGAACGCGCAGACAAGGCUCUUGACGCAUUGGAUCGAAAGUUGCAGAGACGCCACGAGCACCGACGAAAGGGCUCUAAAACGUCUUCGGCGCAACAAAACAAGAUCAUGGGCCUGAGAAGCACGUCGAAGGAACAGGGGUCGCGAGUGGGUUCGAAGGCCUCUUCUGCGGCUGGACGUCCUGGAGUUUCUUCGAAGGAUGCACCGGCACCAGUCAGUUCUGAUGCGACCUUGGCGAGAGCGAUGAACAUGUUUCAAUCCCCAGAACGGAAAUGGGACAUGCUCCGACACGCGCUGUUCGUGCCGCGUGCGCCGUCGGCGGCAGAUUUCAUCGGGGCAGAGUUGGCCGACGUAAAGAAAGACAUCUCCUCAAUCAAACGUGCGAUUGAUGGAGCUGAUCCCGCACCAGGCAAAGCGGCCCUCCUGAUCGAAGUCUUUGCUUACAAUCAGCUGAGCGUCGUUCAGAACUUGCCAUUGUUGCUCAUGCCAUUGGGAGCUGUCGUCGUCUGGGGGUACCACAACUAUGCUUCAUAUUUAUAAACGUGAAUGGCUAGACUCUGUACACUACUUAACUAGUUGUACAGAAUCGAUCCGGUGCUCCCUCUACAACUUGAACUUCAACUUCGGUCUCUCUGUUGCUAUCUUUAUGUGCAAACGAACAACUCACUUUCUUGCAGGUUCCUCGAGUCAUCGUCUGCAAAACACGAUGCGGCCAAGUGCAUGCUAGAGGUUUAUGUCGUCGGUUUUGCGGUCAUUAACAUUCUCCUGCCGACGGUCUUUUCGCACCUGCAUACGAAUAAGGACUGCCUCCAGGAUCGCAUCUUUCGAGGCCCAGAUAUGUUUUGGGUUUUGAUAUUAUGAAGCUAUACAGCUUUCCAGUUUGACUUUUUCACAACGACAAGAAUCGUGUACUAGGAGGAGACUCAUCUAGAACCAGUAUACUAUUAGUCAUCUUCUAAUGGUGCUUUUUUCACAGCUGUUAUCUGUACUGAUCGCGUUGAUGAUGGGCUCCUUGUCUGUGCCUGCCUACAGUUUACCCGCAGACACUAUGCGUAAUUGCGGUGUUAUCGAGCAUGUGGCAGUGUGCUAUCUUUAUGCGACCUUCAUCUCGCUUCUGCUGAACACGCUCAUGUUCAGGGCGAGGGGACACGAGGAUUCCGCACGCAUGGCAGCAGUGUUCACCCAGCUUGCGGUCGUCACUGCGGCGUUGUCGCUUUUCAGCGGUUUUACAAUUACACUUUCCGAAAGUGCCUGGCUCCAAACUCUGCUCAUGCUGUCGCCACCCUUCUGUUAUGCUACAUCUACAGGAUGAAAACGUUAUAUUCGAAUCGAAUUCCUCGGAUGACACCAGUGGUAACUUCGGAUGCCUCACUCAAUAGAUUCAGAAGAUUCACCAGCACCAACAGGAUGCACUACCACUAACGUGACAUGACCACCAUUCUAGUACGUCUACAUUUCAUCUUUAUGCAGGUUUCUAAUUUUUGGCGCAAAAAAAGCUCGUGGUUGCGGGUUUUCUGAAUGAGAGCUACGGUUGCAUCGGAACGGACUGUCUGCUUAACAGUGGCAAUGCGUGGAUUGCCAUGCUUUAUGGCGCUCCAGAUAGCGAGUGGAGCUACUUUUUUCUCUGCGUCUUUUCUGUGGUGACGCUUGUCCUUGCGCGUCUCAUGUGGCUGUGGAAAAUGGGCGCGCCUGCAGUAAAGGCGUUAGUACCGCUAGGCCCUGACAAACCGGCAUCUUCUGUUAAGCAUGGGCACCUUAUUUCCAUAUUUGUCGAGAAGUUUCGUUACCCGAAAAGGAUCAUUCAUUUAAAUGUUGAGUUCCAAACUUGUUGCCACGACUAGAAUUCGAUUACCGCUCUAAGGUUGUCGCUCUCUUUCCGGCGGUUGCGACUUCCUCGUUUGCGGGACUCCUCGACCGCAUUAUGAUUGCUGUGGCGCGCCAGGAUGAAGCAGAUAUUGCUACCUAGAAUCUUCAUCUUGGUGAUAGGAGAAUAUAAGUAAUUAUUGCAGGUUUGUUUUUCGUAGAAGUAGUGCUUUUUCUUUUGUUCUUCAGCAGAUUUUCAUAAAUGCAGUUUGUUGAUGAAGAUCAUUAACGAUUAGUGAUGAGUAAGUUUCGUUUCACGAGUAAGAUAGGCUACCGAUUACAGUGAUGCAAAGGACUAGUAGUUCGUCUUGAAGGAUGCAAAGGUGGAACAACAUUCACUUGCAGAGUUUGUUAACGACAGGUUGAACGUUCCAGUACAGGCGCUGACGCUGAUAAGUAGAUCUUUCCGCAAUCACAAGACCAGCUUGUAUUUUCUCCGAUCUUGAUGUUGAUCCGACGCGGGUUCAAUUUUGUAUUUCUCUUUUUGUAGGAGAUAUGCAUCACAGGCGUUCUCCACAGGAGCUACCGCAUUCCACAGCAUUUGUAGAAGAGAUGGUCC